UUUUUUAUUUCUAGGAAAAUAAAAAUUAAUCAAUAUGGGUCAAACACUGUCAGAACCAAUCACCGCCAAGGAAUCAUCAUAUUGCCAAAAUGAAUUGUACAGAGUGGGUUCCAGCUGUAUGCAGGGCUGGCGCAUAAAUAUGGAAGAUUCACAUACACACAUUCUAUCGUUGCCCGAUGAUCCGGGUACUGCAUUUUUUGCCGUCUAUGAUGGCCAUGGCGGUGCAACAGUAGCACAAUAUGCUGGGAAACAUUUACACAAGUUUGUUUUGAAACGACCCGAAUACAAGGAUAAUGUUGAAAAAGCCUUAAAGCAAGCAUUCUUAGAUAUUGACUAUGAAAUGUUAUACAAUGAGUCAUGGGGCGAGCAGAUGGCCGGUUCAACAGCCGUUGUGGUGUUAAUUAAAAAUAAUCGAUUAUAUUGUGCCAAUGCCGGUGAUUCACGUGCCGUUGCGUGCAUAAAUGGCAAAGUCGAAACAUUAUCAAUGGACCAUAAACCAAAUAAUGAAGCUGAAUCGAAACGUAUCAAUGAAGGUGGCGGCUGGGUGGAAUUUAAUCGUGUCAAUGGUAAUCUGGCAUUAUCGAGAGCAUUGGGUGAUUUUGUAUUCAAACGUAAUGAAAAUAAGAAACCCGAAGACCAAAUUGUAACAGCCUAUCCCGACGUUGAGACCCGCACAAUUGAUGAUGAUUGGGAAUUUCUUGUGCUUGCUUGUGACGGUAUUUGGGAUGUUAUGAGCAAUGAAGAAGUUGUCGAUUUUUGUCGAGCACGAAUCGGACAAGGCAUGUAUCCGGAAGAAAUUUGCGAAGAAUUAAUGAAUCACUGUUUGGCACCCGAUUGUCAAAUGGGCGGAUUGGGUGGUGAUAACAUGACCGUCGUUUUGGUGUGUUUUCUUCACAAUAAACCAUAUGCGGAACUAGUAGCGAAAUGUGGUUCGGCUUCAACAAAUGUGUUUACGGCAAACAGCACUAUGAACAAUGUCAUUACAUCGGAUACAACAACCACAACGACGACGACGACGGCAACGGCAAUCAAAACAUCGCAACCACAUUCAACACCAUCAUCGCCGGAAGAUGAAGAGGAAGAUUUAGAUCUAAAAUAA